UUUGAUGAUAUGUUACAAUUUUCAGUUUAUGUGUUCAAACAGAAAUGAUAGAUUGGCUUUUUUUUCUUGGAAAUGAAAUGAAACAGCUGGCUGUCCAUUUCUGACAGCCAGAUGUUUCAGAACAGAAACCACAGCCUGUGUCAUUGGGCUGUUUCUUCCAGGGAGGGAGUCUAUGUGCUGUUGUCAAAGCACGCUGGCACAAAGCGCAUAUUUGAACACAUUCAUACAAGUUUUUAAAACCAAGUUAUCAAAGUUACCUUUAAAGAUAAUACGUUCAGGUUGUUUAAAAAAACAGUGGGUCUCAGUCUGCAUCACUGUGUGAGGUAGCAUAACGUAAACGGCAUCAGCAGACUAAGUAUACUUUAUUUCUGGCAUCUACCACAAAACAAUCAACCUGGUAGGCAAAAAUCCCACUUGCUUUAUACAGGACGUUACCCACACCUGAACCUCGUUAGUCUCUACCAUUGAAAGAAAUAGGUCAGACCAAACAAUACAAUUCUAAACAAAGAACAGGAAUAAGAUUAUGCAUGAAACUGACAAACGCAUUUACUCAGCUAAAUGGUUUGAAAAGUAAAACACUACAUACAAUACAACUCAAAAGGCUACUUUAAAGAAAAUAAACAAUACUAAACAAAAUGAAAAACCCUUCAUUUGGUUGCACCCAGUGAUGCGCGCAGUGACCUCAUGACCCUAUAUAAACAGGAAGUACUGGGGCGGCCCUUCCCAUAUACUUGCCUUAAAUAUAGGACCUGAAUAAAUGGACAAACAUGAGACAUCAGAGUGCUUUAUAUGCAGGGAUGGUGAACUUAAAGCCAGUGACCCGCUGAGGAAUUUCUGCGACUGCAAGAAUUUACUUGCCCAUCACGUGUGUCUGUCCACAUGGAUCCAGAGGGGAUGUGGGAGUGAAGACAGAGCGCGAUGCAUCAUCUGCAAGGCCAAGUACCAGCUGCAGAGGAGUUCCCCGUGGCGGUCGGUGAGCUUCCAGUGGCAGACGUGGCUUGUGCUGAUCACGGCGACCGUUUUGAUGAGUCUGGUGCCCUACGCUGUUUACUGCAUGAUGACGGCCUUCACCAGCCCUCCUCCUCCCAGCACCUUUAAAGUGGCAGCAAUUUUCUUCGGUAUACUGACAGAGACCCUGCUCAUCAAGUGUCUGUGGAGUUACUUCAGCUCUCGGUACCGGCAGGCAGCGCAGAACUCCCUCGUAGUCCAGCCCAGAGACUCGACAGAAGACAGAAGCAACCCCGGCCUCUGGGAUCGGCCUGAGGCCGCCUCGGCAGAUCGCGCUUCAUCAGCAGCCUCAUCCACUCACAUGGAGGAGAGGAAAGUGGAUGUGUUGAAGAGUGGAUGCCUCAGCCUUUUCUGAACCAACAACAGAAGGAGUUUACAGAUUACAGGGUGAGAGUAAAUCCUUGGGGAAUUAGAUGUGUCUGAGAGCCAUUGAAGCUAACACAUCAGUAUAUCAGUGUGGCAUUUAUAAGAACUUACACUUUAAAACCUAUUUUUGAGGUGUCAAAUAUUCUUGUUUUCCUUACACUCUCACUCGUUUCAGUGGAUAUAUUCACACAUGUUGCAAAUUGAUAACAAGGAAGGGAAUGCACGCAGGCAGCAUGAGUGUAUUCAGGCUCAGAGAGGGGAAAAAAGCCUGAAAUUACUCCCUUUCCUUAAUGAUGCCCACACAGAGACAAUGGGGCGCCGCUCUGAUUAGUGUCACCUGUCCUUGUGCAUCUCAUCAGCUCCAUUAUGGCUCCAUCUCCCAUGCUUCUUCUGCUAAUUGAAUAGCCUGUGAAGUGGUGACGAGGACGGGGGCGAGAGCAACGUCUGUCCCGCUGCUGCUUCAGAAAUGAGACUAAAGCUUCCCAGAGAGACACUAGUUCUUAAAACAUAAACCAUUAUUAUACAGACAGAAAACGUGCUAACAAGUCGCUCUCAUGUUAUAUUACCAUCACACUGUCUGCACAUUAUUUUCACCUAUAACUGCUUGGAAUUAACAUUUUGGGCCAUUUGCAGCAAAAGAGAUGGAUGAGAGGAAUGAUAAUCAAACACACAUCUGUUUAUUAAAUAUAAAAUUAUUGCUGGUUAGGUUAGCUUAGCACAAAGUCUGGGAACAUAGAGCCUGGCUUUGAUGAAAUCUGCAUACCAGGUGAGCUCUGAAGCUCGCCACCAACCCCCGAUAUGUUGUGUCUUUGGUCUCUUCCAAAACUGAAGUUGUGGGCAGUUGAAAAUGGUGUAAGACAGACAUUAAUCUAUCAAGUGCAUCUUUUUAGCCUACAGCUCCUGAUGACUGUUACCAAUCAGCUUUGCAGCUGCUAAAUGAAUCAUGUAAAAUAUUAAAUAGUACCGAUUCCCAUCUGCCAUGGUUGCAGCCAGCGGGUCCUGGUGAAUAAACUGCUUUUCUGGAGGAGAGACCUAACAUGUUGAUUGCACAAUUACCUUGCUUGGUGUACGUUUGCAUUACUUUCAAAUAAAGUUUCCCAUAGCAGCUUCCCACAAAACCUUUGAAUAGUUCACUUUGAAUAGUUUACAUCAGAACAACCCACUCAGACAUCAGCAGUUGCUCCUUCUUUAUUCAAAGCAGCUGUCAGUCACAGCGAUCUGUAAUGAGGACAAAUAAUCUUAUUAUAGCAUCAAAUAACUUAUAAUCAGCAAACUGAUAACAAAAAAUAUCAACAUCAGUGUUAUGGCAAGUUCCUGCAAUAGGAAACUAUUUUGUUUUGGGGGGGAGGGGGUUAAUUAAAGGUUAUAUAAAGGUUAUUGCUGGAAGUAAAUAUACUGCAAUUUUGGGAGAUUGUCCGGGAUUCGUUUACAUGUUUUUAACGGGGGGAGAAACUGAAGCUCCCAGGAGGGAAUUAGACCUGCACUCAGAAGGACUCUUAACCUCCAAGCUGUCGCCCGAGUGAUGACACGUUGAUGACAUCAUCCAGGUUUUGAGUGGAGCUCUCCUUCAGUAUUCGCUCAAAUGUGCUGUAAAUUGGUGUUCCUGUAUAAAUGUGUUUCAUAGGAAACUGUCUUGUAUAUUAAACAGUCAAAUAAG